GAAUCACGUUGCUUUUAUUAUGGACGUGAAUCGAAGAUUUGCAAAGAAGAGAAAUAUGCCAGAAGGGGUUGGGCACGGUGUUGGAUUUCAGGCCCUAAUGUUCAUGCUUCUCUACUGCCAUGAUCUUGGAGUGAAAUAUCUCACUGUUUAUGCUUUUAGUAUUGAUAAUUUCAGAAGGAAACCGGAGGAAGUUCAGAAGCUUAUGGAUCUGAUGAUGGAGAAGAUCAAACUCCUCAAAGAAAAUGAGAGCUUUGUGCAUCAAAAACAGGUGACAGUUCACAUUGCUGGUAACUUGGAACUAUUGGAUCCAUCUCUCAGGGAUGCAGCCAAGAGGCUGAUGGAGGUGACUGCUGGUUAUUCCAAGGUUGUGGUCACUUUCUGUGUUGCUUACACUUCCACUGAUGAGAUUGUUCAUACUGUUAGAGAAUCUUGCGAAGAAAAGUGCAACCAAAUAGAAGAUCAGGCCAAGGAUGUGAAGUUAAACUUGAUGGACGUCGAAAUACAUAUGUACAUGGCCAUUGCACCUGUUCCUGAUAUUCUGAUUCGCACAGCAGGGGAGAACCGCCUGAGCAAUUUUCUGCCAUGGCAGAAUUUUAGCAGCCAGUUGGGUUCCACAGCUGUGCUUCGGCUGGAGAUUGGUUUAUGGCAUUUGGUCUGGGCAGUCCUGGAUUUCCAGAGGAAUCGCAUUUACUUUGAGAAGAAAAAAGAAGCAGAUGCAACUUCUAAUUAAUAAUCUGCUGGGGGAAUUGUAUUGUAUUGUAUUGUAUGACAAGGAAAUUGAUACACAAAUAAUAAUACAAUCGAGUUCAU